AUGCACAACUUGUCUAAGACCAAAUCAAACUUAAACCAGAACAAACCGAACUGUUCUCGAACCAAACCGUAUUUUCCACAGUACUAUUGGUUCUGUAGCCUCAUCCACAGCCACUCGUCUUGUCUCUUCUCACGUCUUAGCUUUCCCUCGGCUUUCUUCUCCUCUCCAAUGGCGAAAGCUUCAAGCGUCAUGCAGUCAACUCUCCUCCCAGCUUUCUCUCCACUCCACAGGCUCCGUAAUCAAAAGUUCACCCUCUCUUUCCCACCGCUUCCGGUGUCCCGAUGCCGGCCGGGAAUCCACUGCUCAGUUUCGGCCGGUGAGACCACGAGGCGUUCCGUGGAGGAAGUUCCGGAUAUAUCAUGGGGCUGCGAGAUAGAUUCCGUUGAGAACGCCACUUCUCUUCAGAAAUGGCUCUCCGAUUCAGGCCUUCCGCCGCAGAAAAUGGCAAUCGACAGAGUCGACAUCGGCGAGCGAGGCCUCGUCGCCUCUCAGAACCUCAGAAAAGGAGAGAAACUGCUCUUCGUUCCUCCUUCUCUCGUCAUCAGUGCUGACUCCGUGUGGACCAACCCAGAAGCCGGUGAAGUGAUGAAACGUUAUGAUGUUCCAGAUUGGCCUUUGCUCGCCACUUAUCUUAUAAGUGAAGCAAGUCUUCAGAAUAGUUCGAGAUGGACGCGGGCAGAACUUGAUAUGUACUUGGAAGCUUCGCAGAUCCGAGAACGGGCAAUUGAAAGAAUCACCAACGUUGUUGGAACCUAUGAAGAUUUAAGCAGCAGGAUAUUUUCCAAACAUCCUCAUCUUUUCCCUAAAGAGGUUUUCAAUGGUGAGACAUUUAAGUGGUCUUUCGGAAUCCUAUUCUCACGUUUGGUACGGCUGCCGUCUAUGGAUGGAAGAUUUGCAUUAGUUCCAUGGGCAGAUAUGCUUAAUCACAACUGUGAGGUUGAGACGUACCUGGAUUAUGAUAAGUCUUCAAAAGGAGUCGUCUUUACAGCAGAUCGACCAUAUCAACCAGGUGAGCAGGUGUUCAUAUCGUAUGGGAAUAAAUCUAACGGAGAGCUAUUGCUGUCGUAUGGGUUUGUUCCCAGAGAAGGAACCAAUCCUAGUGAUUCAGUAGAGCUAGCAAUGUCACUUAGGAAAAACGAUGAGUGUUACAAGGAAAAGCUGGAUGCUUUAAAGAAACACGGAUUAUCCGCAUUUGUGUUGAUCGACCUGAGUUUUGUUUUUGUUGCUGCUGUCUGUAAAAUAUUCACUGGCAGUCCACAAUGCUUCCCCGUGAGGAUAACGGGUUGGCCAUUGGAGCUAAUGGCAUAUGCUUAUCUGGUGGUGAGCCCUCCAGAUAUGAGAAACAGCUUUGAAGAGAUGGCAGAAGCUGCUUCAAAUAAGUCAUCGACAAACAAGGAUCUCAAAUAUCCCGAGAUCGAGGAAGAAGCACUCCAGUUCAUACUGGACUCAUGUGAAACAAGCAUAUCAAAGUACAGCCGAUUCUUAAAGGAAAGUGGAUCAAUGGAUUUGGACAUAACAUCCCCAAAACAAUUGAACCGAAAAGCGUUUCUGAAACAGCUAGCUGUAGACUUGUCCACCAGCGAGCGUAGGAUUCUGUACCGCGCUCAAUACAUUCUGAGGAGGAGACUAAGAGAUAUAAGAAGCGGUGAGCUGAAGGCGCUACGGCUCUUCAGUGGACUUAGGAACUUCUUCAAGUGAGUUGUUGAGUUGAGGGAGGAAACGUCAACAGCUUCUUCAGAUCCAUUAAAUGUAGGCUUCGUUGUGCUUCAACCAGGAAUGUAAUGGUUUACUGCCAAAAAGAUGAACUUUGGUGUACGCAUGGUGGGAUCUGAGUAUAUUACAAAAUGUCAUUUUGAUGUAUUUUCAGUAGAAUACAAUCCCUUCGUCGAAAUUGUACAUUUUGUUUGUGCAUAGAAGUUGUUUUCCAUCCUUAGAUCGAAUCUACUGGAGUGAAUACUAGUAUUUGACAUGAUAUUUUUAACUUUCAAGUCUCCCAAUUUAAUUUUAUUUUAUUUUGGAUAUUUUGAG